AUGUUGGGGAAGAUUGCAGUAUCUGUGUUGUCCCUGCUUCUAGUGGUAGGGGUAGUGAUUGGCGUGGUAGGGGUGGUGAAGAACCACAGCCAACCGGAGCAACAUGACAUGAGCGGGUCAAUGAAGAUGAUAACGUCCAUUUGCGAGAGCACCAACUACAAGGAAGCCUGCGCAAGCAGCCUCGAGUCCACCGCCAAGAACUCGUCGGCCACGCCCCUCGACUACAUCUCGGCUAUAGUGGGAGCCCCCCUGGGCGAGGUCCGCAAGGCCAUCGAGUCGUUGGCAAAGAUCGACGUCAACAAUGCAACCGACCCUGGGGACUACGUGGGGCUUGAGGACUGCAAGGACCUUCUCGACUACGCAAUCGACACGUUGCAAGCGUCGGUCUCCAUGGUCGGGGACAGCGACCUCCACACGAUCGAGGAUCGCGAGCACGAGCUUCUCAGCUGGAUGUCCGCUGUCUACUCCCUCCAGACCACCUGCCGUGACCAGAUCGACAAUCCAGGCUACAAAUCCGCCGUUGAAAACGGGAUGCUCAAUGCCACACAGCUCACUCAUAACGCAGUCAACAUAUUGGCCGAUAUGUCUCAGCUGCUAACACUCUUCAACGUUCAGCCUAAACGUCGUCGGCUGCUCGCCUCCGACGGGUACCCCAAGUGGUUUUCGGCAGCCGAUCGCAAGCUUCUGGCUAGAAACAGUGGCGCGCCGCGGCCCAAUGUUGUUGUGGCCAAGGAUGGGAGCGGGCAGUUCAAGACGAUCGGGCAGGCGGUGGCGGCCCACCCCGGCGCGAAACACCAAGGGCGGUUCGUGAUCUAUGUGAAGGCCGGGAUCUACAACGAGCAGGUUAUAGUGGACAAAAGUAAGGUGAACUUGUAUAUGUACGGGGACGGCAUAGACCGAACGAUAGUGACGGGAAGCAAGAACUACGGGAAGCAGGGGACUAAGACGAUGCACACGGCCACGUUUGCGAACGAGGCCCCCGGGUUUGUGGCGAGAGCGAUGACGUUCAAAAACAUGGCGGGGCCGGAAGGGCACCAGGCGGUGGCGUUCAGGUCGUUGGGGGACAAGGCGGCCAUAUUCGACUGCAGCUUCGAGGGGAACCAGGACACACUCUAUUACCAGUCGUACAGGCAGUUCUACCGCAACUGCAGGAUAUACGGGACCGUGGACUUCAUUUUCGGAAAGGGAGAGGCGGUGAUCCAGGACAGCGAGAUUAUUGUGAGGAGGCCGAUGCCUGGGCAGUUCAACACGGUGACGGCCGACGGGAGGGAGAUACGCAAGGGGAGCAACGGGCUCAUCAUACACAACAGCCGAAUCACGGCCGACAAGUAUUUACACCCGAUUAGGUUUCAGGUGAAGACGUACCUAGGGAGGCCGUGGACGGAGGAGUCGCUCACCGUGAUCAUGCAGAGCGACCUGGGCGACCUCAUCCGGCCAGAGGGGUGGAAGCUUUGGGAUGGGGCCAGCAACCACAAGACCUGCCAGGUGUUGGAAUACGCCAACAGAGGGCCUGGCUCACUCACUCGCCGCAGGGAUAGACAGUUCUCCCAUUUCAAGGUUCUCAACACGGCUGAGGCCUCCAGGUACACCCCUGGAGUUUUCCUCGCCGGAGGACAAUGGCUGCCGGAGACGGGUGUUCCACACAACCUCAACCUCUAUUAA